AUGGCUAGAAUAAGGGUGGCUCUUUCUAUUGUAGCAGUUCAAGGCUGGCUCAUCCAUAAGAUAGAUGUACACAGUGACUUCCUACAGGGAAACCUUUAUGAUAAAGUAUACAUGCAGAUUCCUCAAGGUUUUCACAACAAGGGGAGUCAGCCAUGCAAGGCAGGAAUUCAGAUUGCUGAGAAUCCAGUUUACCACGAGAGAACAAAGCAUAUAGAAAUCGAUUACCACUUCAUAAGUGAGAAGGUUCAGAAUAGAAGUGUGGCACCAAGACAUGUGCAAUCAAGAGAGCAACAAGCAGAUAUCCUAACAAAAGAACUUAGCAGACCACAACACGAGUAUUUGGUUUCCAAGCUGGGGUUUCUUAACAUCUUUGCACCCUCCAUCUUGAGGGGAGUAAUGAGAUUGGUGAUGUGA